AUGGACUUCUUUUUCGUUUCCGUGUUGGACCAAAUCUUCUCAUGGAGUUCUUGAUAAAGUUAUUCAAUUGUAGGUCUGAUAAAGUUAAUAUUCAAUUGUAGGUAGAGCUACUAUGUAAUUAAAUCUCGAUUGUAAUGAUAAAAUUGCUAGCCAUUAUCAGCAGUACACGUCUCUAAUCUCUCCGCUGAACCAGGUGGAGCAACACAGACAUGAACACAAGAACCACAACUUCUUUUCCAGAUCAUUUCUUCCUCCUUUUCUGCGUUACUAUUUUCUUCACCAAUCUCCAUCUAAGCCCAUGCAAGGCAGCAAAAAGCGUUUGCAAUGGCGACCAUUACACAAAUGGAAGUAAAGUUGAGAGAAAUAUCAAUGCGGUUGUUAAUUAUCUUGUUCAACACGCUUCCUCCUCAGGGGGUUUCAACACUACAGUGGAAGGCCAAGGUGCCGACCUCAUUUCUGGGCUUAUCCAAUGCAGAGGAGACACAACAGGCAAGGAAUGUCACGCUUGUUCCAUGGAAGCCAAUAAAACGAUUCGACAAGUGUGUGGAAAUUGUAUAGGCGGUAGAGUCUGGCUUGACAAGUGCUAUUUGCGCUAUGAGCACGUCCAUUUCAUUGGAGAUCUCGACACUACCUCCUAUCUAGUCCAAAAUAAUCGUCUAAACGCCACAGAUCCUGAAGCUUUUGGCUCCACCGUUAAGGCCCUCUUGUCUGAUUUGUUAGUUAAAGUGACAAAAUCAUCUAAUCUGUAUUCUUCUGAUUCGGCUGUAGAUUAUUCUUCAUCGACCAAGAUUUUUGGGCUUGUUCAAUGCUGGAGAGACGUUUCUGUAGAGGACUGCGCAGCUUGUUUAGAUAACGCAAUCAGUGCCCUCAUGGAGGUGACAAAUGGGGCACAUAAUCUUGGAGGUGUGGUUUAUUCGGGAAGUUGUACUGCUCGUUAUGAUACUUACCCUUUCUUUAAUUUGCCAUCACAUCCACAGAACUCAUCGCCCUCAAAAAAGUCUUCAAACAAAAUCCCAAUCAUUUUGGGCUCUCUGGGCGGUUUAAUAACCCUCCUUUUAUUAGGAGGGCUGAUUGCAGUGCGAAGAAAAUCAAAGUCUGCCAUAUCUGAGAAGGGUAGAAAACAAGGGAAUGAACAUAUGCAAACUGACAUGAUGUGGGGUCAAGAUCUCCGAAUAUUUUUUAACAUGGAAACGCUAGUAGCUGCAACUAGCAAUUUCCAUGAGGACAAGAAGCUGGGAGAGGGAGGAUUUGGCCCUGUAUAUAAGGGCGAAAUGCCAGAUGGAAGAGAAGUAGCAGUGAAGAAGUUGUCUGCAAAAUCUUCGCAAGGAGAAAGACAAUUUUUAAACGAGGUUAAGCUAGUUGCCAAAGUUCAGCAUCGAAAUCUUGUGAGCCUACUUGGGUGUUGUAUACAAGGAUCAGAAAGAUUGCUUGUUUAUGAGUACUUAGCCAACAAUAGCCUUGAUAAGAUACUCUUUCAUCCACAACGGAGCAUAGAACUGGACUGGCAGAAGCGUUUAAACAUCAUAACUGGGGUAGCCCGUGGGCUUCUAUACUUGCACGAAGAUUCCCAAUUGCGAAUAAUUCAUCGGGAUAUCAAAGCAAGUAAUAUUUUGCUGGACGAGAAAAUGAAUGCAAAGAUAGCAGAUUUUGGAUUAGCAAAAUUGUUUCCAGAAAAUAAGACUCAUGUUAACACUCGAGUUGCAGGAACAUACGGUUAUUUGGCACCAGAAUAUGCUAUGGGCGGACAACUAUCUACUAAAGCUGAUGUAUAUAGCUUUGGUGUUGUACUUCUGGAAGUUGUAAGCGGGAGAAAGAACAUCGAUUUUAAACUGCCUACAGAACUCCACAAUCUUUUAGAAUUGGCAUGGAGAUGUUACAGCGGAGGAAAUAGUGAAGAGGUGAUUGAUAGAGAAAUAAUAGAGAGGUGUCCUCAGGAGCAGUGUAUAAGAUGCAUUCAAGUGGGUCUGCUCUGCACACAGACAGAGGCAUCACUUCGUCCACCCAUGUCAACUGUUUAUUCAAUGCUUUCAAAUAGUUCUUUCACCAAUUUGCCAAAUCCUACAAAGCCCGCUUUUGUAAAUGCUACACAUGAAAGAAGUCCAUUGUAUGCAUCUAGAACUCCAAAUUUAAUAUCUCUAUCAUCAUCAUCAUAUGCUCCAUCUGUCAAUGAUGCCUCCCACACAGAAAUACUAGCCAGAUAAGUAGACAUUAGUGUUGGCAGGCAUUAAUUUCUGCGAUAAAACAUAUGGCAAUUGUCAAACUCAGUCUUUAAAGCAAAAGCUUCCACACUGAAUUUUGGAUGUCUCUCCCAGUCAACACUCUAGAUAAUUUUUAUGUUAUUUACUGCUGUCUUAUUUGGUCAAUUACUGUGUAGAUCAAGACAUCAAUGUUAUCUGUCUCACAUUGGUUAUAAAUGGAAUGUAAUGAAAUUGUUACUCA